CCCCCUCAACCGGAGAUGGAUCGCGUUCGGGUAGCCAUUGUUCUCAGCGUGGGCGGCGCCGCGGCCGGCGGGCCCGAGUCGGUCCGCCUCUUGUUGGCCGACGCCGCCGGGCGGAGCGCCGCCGCUGGCGCCGCCGUCUCCGCGUUCUUCAUCUGCGCCUUCACCGCCCUUGUCCUCGGGAACGUGCUCCUCGCGCGCUUCUUCCGCGGCGCGCGCCGUAACGCGGGGGCACACGCGCCGGCGCCCGGGAUGGAGCGCUUCGCCAACAUGACGGCGGCGGCGGCUCUGGGCGCCGUGUUCGUCGUCGCCGCCUCCCUCCUCGCGCUCCCAUCCAUCCCCGCGCCCGGUGGCGCGGCGCGCUCCUGCUCAGCCUGACGCGACGCGACACGACAUGCCCAGACACACACCCCACCCACACCAAGUGCUGGACUACAUACAGGUAGUCUACUGGAGUAUGGCUGUAUCUAAUAAUAAAGCGUAGUUCAUGUGCCAUGUACCCUCUUGCACGUAUUUUGUGUGCUGUUUACCUGUCUGAAAUAUGGUCUUUUUAGUAGUAUGGCAUAUCAAUUUGAGAUGAAUUUUGAAUUGGCCGCCUUAAUUUGUGGAGUGCUUUCGUCU